AUGUCGGCGUUUGGGUCGGUGGACUGGCAGUGGCAGAACGCCACCGCCGGCGCUCUCGCCGGACUCGCCACCGUCACUUUCUCUCACCCCCUCGACGUCGUUCGCACCAGGUUCCAAGUUAACGACGGGCGAAUCUCCAAUCUUCCGACCUACAAGAACACUCCUCACGCUCUCUUCACCAUUGCUCGAACCGAGGGUUUUAGAGGGCUUUAUGCAGGAUUUUAUCCGGCUGUUCUCGGGUCAACUAUUUCAUGGGGUUUGUAUUUCUUCUUCUAUAGCAAAGCCAAACAGAGGUAUUUAAGAAACAGGGAGGAGCUGAGCCCAGGUCUUCACCUUGCUUCUGCUGCAGAAGCGGGAGCUUUGGUAUGUUUCUGCACCAAUCCUAUCUGGCUUGUGAAAACAAGAUUGCAACUUCAGACUCCUCAGCAUCAAACUCGACCGUAUUCUGGGCUUUAUGAUGCUUUAAGAACCAUACUGAAAGAAGAAGGAUGGAGGGCACUGUACAAAGGGCUUGUGCCUGGUCUUUUUCUGGUUACUCAUGGUGCUAUUCAGUUCACGGCAUAUGAGGAACUUCGUAAAGUUUUCAUUGACUUUAAGUCUGAAGAGAAUGAAAAAAAAUCUGGCAAGGGGGAUAAUUUGUUGGAUUCAAUUGAUUAUGCCACAAUGGGGGCUUCUUCUAAACUGGCUGCAAUCCUGAUGACUUACCCAUUUCAGGUUGUUCGAGCUCGAUUGCAGCAACGACCAAGUGCAGGUGGAAUUCCGAGGUAUAUGGAUAGCUGGCAUGUUGUGAAGGAAACUGUGCGGUUUGAGGGUUUACGUGGUUUUUACAAGGGUAUCACAGCAAACCUGCUGAAAAAUGUCCCUGCUGCUUCGGUAACAUUUAUCGUGUAUGAGAAUGUUCUUAACAUGCUAAAAUUUGCAAGAAGGAAUGAUUGA